AUGGUGCUGAAUCGUGCAGCCAUAGCACGGAUUUCAACAUCGUUACAAAAAGCCGAAACUAUUCUUGAGUAUUACCACGACUGGACCGAGUUCGACGACCAAAUAGAAAAGGUCUACGAUGUCGUACAGAAGUUGGCCUCGACAUUGCGUGUAAUAAGGAUUGCGCUGCUGCAGAGUUGGCACCAGUUCGACCCUAACACCACUUUGGACAGCUUAUGGUCAUCUAGAAGAGUUACCGCGCCACUACUUGCACAACUAGCAAUACUAAAGUCAACUGUGACGUCCCAAGAUUCGAAGAGGCCUAGUCUAAUUCCACGGGCUUUUCACAAUCGCAAUGUCUUGAUUCUGAGCUAUCGGACACGAAUGAGAAAAAGACUAUAUGAAUCUGUUUCUGAGAUCCAGAAUUUCACUGUAGACUUUGCCAAAGACUUAGACUUGAUCAUCUAUGAUAUUCAACGGAGUCUGUUGGAACACCACAUUGAGCAAUAUUCUCUAAAUGAAGAAUCAUUUUCCCUGGUCAAGCCACCGCCAUUAAAAGAGAACAGUUCGUCGGAGACUUGCGCAGACUGUAAGACUAUUUUUGACUUACGAGAUUUUUGGCCAAUUGAGCUAGGAACCAAUCCAUUUCAACCAACUUUGUCGUUUAAUACUUCGAUCCUUAAGAUAUUCGAUUCAGCUUGGUCAGGAUGCCACUUUUGCAGACUUCAACUGACCAGACUUCUUGAGCAAGGGGCUACUGUUCGACAUAUCGCAUAUGUCCACAUAACGUGGUGGAAAUAUUGGCACAAAGAAAGUAACUAUACUAAUACUAAUAAUGACAUUCUUUUCAGCAAGGAUCUUCGUAUCAGGUAUCUGUCUGAUGAUAUGGAGAUCGUGCAUUUUGAUUAUUAUAUCACACUGCCACUCAUAGAAGCGGAUCAGAAUCGACGAAUUGGACUAUUAACGGCGUCUAGAUCCACGCUGGCUAUUGUCAGAGCUUGGCUGUCGAAUUGUUCGAGCACCCAUGAUAGAUGCAAGCGUGACGAUUCUGCCAUCCUCAGCCGACCAAAACGACUUAUACACCUUGGUGAGUUUGAAAAACUUGAGCCACGACUGGUGGAAGUGGGAGAUAUCCCGCCAGAUGUUGUUUACAUGACACUAUCUCAUCGAUGGAGCUAUAAAGCAACUACGCAACUACUAAGGUCCAACAUAACGCAAUUUUAUCAGAACAUACCUGAGAGUUCUUUACCUAGGUGCUAUCUUGAUGCGAUGAAAUUUAUGCGCCGGCUCGGAGUAUCGUAUGUAUGGAUCGACAGUCUCUGUAUCUUGCAGGAUUCUGGAAAAGACUGGUACAGCGAAUCAGCGAAGAUUGCAGAUAUAUUCGCUGGAUCGUGGUGUAAUAUAGCUACCGUAAGCUCUCUGGACGAUACUCACACACUGCAUCCUGACAGGAGUUCCGAGGACGUCAGAGGGUGCAUAAUCGAGAACCCACCCACGUCGAAAUUCUCGGUGAGGGCACACGAUGAAGGAUAUAGAAGGUGGAACAGUUCAAUAACCAACUCUGUUCUGUCCAAGCGAGGUUGGGUAUUGCAGGAACUGCUAUCUGCCCCAAGAACUUUAUAUUUUGGGAAAGAUGAAGUGAUGUGGCAGUGUAAGACACAAAAGUCUUCUGAAAGUAUGCCAAAAGAGGUAGAUGUCACAAGCAGAAGAUAUAAAUCUACGUUUGACGACCCUGCUUUCAGCGAAAUAUCCCUCUAUGGACCAAGAGGAUGGGGGGAAAUUGUUCAAGAUUACUCAAAACGAGAACUCACAUUUCCAACACACGACAAGCUCAUAGCUAUAGGUGGCAUCGCUAAGAAGUACGGAAAUGAAGAAGACUAUCUCGCAGGUCUCUGGAAGCACGAUAUCAUAUUCCAGCUCACAUGGCGUGUUCUUCAAAAAGAUACAGAUGCACAAUCACUCGAAGACUUCCAAGCCCCAUCCUGGACCUGGGCGUCUCUCAAUAAGGAAAUCACUUACAGCUCGCGGAUCAUCGAUAAAAUGCACAUGCAUCGACCAAUCGCAAAACUCAUUAGUUCAAACCUCACACACGUUUCAGACAACAAACUCGGUAGACUUUCACAAGGAACUCUAGACAUCCAGGCGCCAAUAAUUAAAAUCGAGUUCCACCGCAUCUCACGAAGCUCCUACACAGUCCGGUACCACAAAGGACGAAAUUUCGUGCUUCCAAACCACUCUUCACCGUCAGCAAGCCGUUCUAUUUGUCUCGACUUUGAAACAGCGUUUCGGCCAGCAGCAAUUGACGAUGAUGAUGAUACUAUUACACCUACAUUUCUCAUCCCGCUCUACAUCGAUGUAGAGCGUAAUACAGCAAGACCAGUCAAAGUCCAUGCGUUGAUUGUUGAGUGUACGGGAAACGCACGAGAGUUUAGGCGAAAAGGUGUUAUGACAUUGGAAGGGAGGUGGCAGGUCGAGGAUUUGGCAAACUGUUGUAAGAGUUAUAUGGGAGUUGCGGAGGAAGAUAUGUUUGACGGGUUGGUUGGGGAGGAGGAUGGGUGGGUGGUGUAUAAUUUGGCUCUUGUAUAA